AUGGUAUUGCCAGCAAUAAUCGAAGGAUACGACGUAUCUCGUAUAUUCAUUGAUGGAGGAAGCAGUAUAAAUCUUAUUUAUGCGGAUACGUUAAGGAAGAUGAACAUCUCGUUGGCUAAUUUGACACCAACAAACACACGUUUUCAUGGCAUCACACCCGAGAAACCAACGUAUCCUUUGGGCAAAAUAGCACUCGACGUGCAGUUCGGAACCAAAGAAAACUUCAGGAAGGAAAAACUCGAGUUUGAGGUGAUAGAUUGGCCGUCACAGUACCAUGCACUCUUGGGACGACCCGCAUAUGCCAGAUUUAUGGUAGUGCCGCACUACACAUAUCUGCUGUGGAGGAUCCCUGGACCUAAGGGCCCAAUAAUGGUUAAGGGAAGCUUUGCUCUAUCUGAUAAGUGCGAUAAGGAUUUUCAUAAAAUCUCCGAGUCAUUUGGCAUGCAAGCUGAAUAUGAAGCAUCUAAGCUAACCACCAACCACGACGUCAUACCAGACGGAGGUAGAUCCUUGCAAGAGCAAGCUUUUGACACCUCCAAGGACUCCAAGGAAGUUCAGAUUCACCCGACAGAUCCUAAAAAGACGACAUCCAUUGCCACCAACUUGGAUAGCGCAUAG